AUAUAUGUGUAAUAUAUUUUUAUAAAUUUUUGUGUUUUAAUUAUUAUUAUAAUUGAAUACGAGAGAAAGAAAUCAUAUAUUAUUGAAUUAACUUGUCGCGUGCUAAAGAAUUGAGAAAUGUUUUCUAUGAAUUUAUUUAAAGUUAAUUUUUUUAAACGAUUAAAAUAUUUUCAUAAUAAUACUAAUAUUAUGAUUAAUAAUUAUGCAUUAAUCAAUAAAAAAUGUAAUGUAUUCUUAUCGAUGAAAUCAGUAUUGUAUCCAGAUCGUAAAAUAAUUUAUAUAUUUCCUUAUAUUAAAAUUCCUUAUAUAUUAAAUAAAAUAAAGCGUAAUUGCACAAUUCUUUUUGGUGCAUAUAUACCAAUAACUGUAUCUUUACACAUGUGGAAUUAUAUAACAUUAAAUGAAAAUUUAAAUACUUUAUUUUACACUUUUUUAUUAACCUUCAUAUUACAUGUUAUUACUCGUCCAUGUAAUAAUUCAGUUGGAUCAAUAUAUCUCCAAGAAAGUGAAAAAGAUUUCAGAGAUCAAAAAGUUAUAAUAUCAUAUGUGAAUUAUUGGGGUAAAAGAGUAAAUUUCGAAACUGUUGUUAAGAAUAUCAUUUUUACAAACGAUUCUAAUCUUAAAUUAUAUAACAAUUUGAGUAUUACAUCGUGUAAAAAUGAUUUGAAGAUAUUUAUUAAAUAUGGAAAAAUUAUAGAAAAAAAACAUUUUUAUAGUAUUUUUAAUAAUUUUUCAUAAUUAUUAUUAAUUUGAUUAAAU